CAAAAAGUCGCAUUAAAGUUUGGGAUCAAUCCCCAUUUUUCUUCUUGCUUUCUUUCAACUUUGCCAUGUUCCGUAACUGUCGACAGUCUCUUCGACUGUUUCAUACUUCCCGUAUCGUCCGAGCUCAAAAGUCCUUGACCCCAUUGACAAGUGAUAAAAUCACUAAUAUUAAACGCAGUGACAAGUUCAAGCAGUUGGAACACAGCGACAUUGACUACUUUCAAACCAUCUUGACAACCAACAAUGUCAUUCACGAUGGCGAAGCAAAUCCCGAGAUUUCAAGCUUGACACCCUAUAAUACCGACUUUUUUAACCUGCACCGUGGUUCUUCCAAACUAUGUCUAUUCCCCACAGAAACGACCCAGAUAUCAAAAAUUCUGAAAUACUGUAACGAAAAGAAGCUCGCUGUGGUGCCUCAAGGCGGCAACACGGGUGUGAGUGGCGGUCAAAACCCAAUGUUUGACGAAAUUAUUGUCAACACGUCGAAAAUGAACAAGAUUCGAUCGUUUGACCCGAUAUCAGGUGUUGCUGUGGCAGACGCGGGUGUGGUAUUGGAGAACCUGGACAAUUACUUGGCACCGCUGGGAUACACUGUGCCCUUGGAUCUCGGUGCAAAAGGUUCGUGUCAAAUUGGUGGCAAUGUCAGUACCAACGCCGGUGGUUUGCGUUUGAUGCGCUUUGGUAAUCUUCAUGGAAAUGUGCUUGGCUUGGAAGUGGUUCUACCUGAUGGCACUAUACUCGAUAAUCUAUCCACGUUGCGAAAAGAUAAUACUGGCUAUGAUUUAAAGCAGCUGUUUAUUGGAGCGGAAGGAACAUUGGGUCUGGUUACUGGUGUUUCACUGUUGACGCCUAGAAAGCCAAAGGCUGUCAAUAUCGCCAUGUUGGCAUUGGAUUCUUUUGACGCGGUACAAAAGGCUUUUGUUAUGGCCAAAGAAGAUUUAUCUGAAAUUUUGUCUGCAUUUGAGUUCUGGGACCGUGAAUCAAUGGAAUUGGUCAAAAGGGUUAUGUUACAAGAUAGCCCGUAUCCGAUUGAGGCAAAAUCUUCAUUCUAUGCGCUUCUCGAGACCCAAGGUAGCCGUCAAGAGCAUGAUCAAGAGAAAAUCGAUGCUUAUCUCACAAGACUGAUGGAGACCGACGUUGCUCAUGAUGGUGUGAUGGCACAGGAUGCUAAGCAGACCAAUGCGCUUUGGCAAUGGCGUGAACGUAUCCCCGAAGCUAUUGUCAAGUCUGGCACAGCAAUGACAUACGAUGUUGCUAUGGAUGUGCAGCUGCUGUAUAAGAUGGUCGAGGAUGUAAAACAGCAUUAUGGUGAAAGAGGUUUAUUAGACACUACAUAUACCAAUGUGAUUGGUUUUGGUCACGUUGGCGACGGUAAUCUACACAUUAUGGCAAACAUUCCAGAUCAUGAUCGUAAAGCGCAAAAGGAUAUGGACUCCUAUGUCUAUGACUGGGCUAUCAAACAUAACGGAAGUAUCACCGCCGAACAUGGAAUUGGCGUUGCAAAGGUCAACUACAUGACUCGUUGCAAGACAGAGGCCCAGAUCCACUUGAUGCAGACGCUCAAGAAAGCAAUCGAUCCGAACGGGAUCAUGAACCCUUACAAAGCUGUACCCGGAACACUCUAAAAUAUAGGCUAUCUAUGCCAGACAUAGCAUGUUUUAUAGACUUUUACAUCGGGUGCAUGUUUAUGAAGAAUAAAAAGCCAAGUAUGAGGGAGAAAAUAUUCGCUCCCUUACAUGUGUAUACAAAGUAGUUAUGCGUAAAAGAUG